CGUGCGCAGAGCCCGGCCGAGGAUUAAGGACGGUGCUCGGCAGCAGCAGCAGCCAGCGCAGUGGAGCACACGAACAAUCGGAGGCGCCUGCAAUCCAAGUUGGAGGACGAUUUUCGCGUCGGAUGGACUCGGGCCCUUCGACCCUUGACCGGAUGAGGACCGUCAAGGGGCCCAGCAGCUGAACACGGGCCGCCCAAGGCCCGCGGGCCGUCCUCAGGAUGUAACUUUGGAAGCGGAAGCGAGGAGGACCGGCCCAGGAGCACCAAGCGUAUUAUGGGCGCCGGCCUGAGCAAGACGCCGGCCGCGUUCCUCGAGUCGCUGCCCACCUCGUCGCAUGGCACCGUCCACGUGGUCAUGCUGGGUCUCGACUCGGCUGGAAAAACCACCGCACUUUACAGGCUCAAAUUCGAGCAGUACAUCAACACGGUGCCCACCAUUGGAUUUAACUGUGAAAAGGUGAAAGGAACUCUGGGGCGCGCUCGGGGAGUGACGUUUUUGGUGUGGGACGUCGGCGGGCAGGAGAAGCUGCGGCCCCUGUGGCGCAGCUACACGCGGUGCACCGACGGAAUCGUGUUUGUGGUGGACAGCGUGGACGCCGAGCGAAUGGAGGAGGCGCGGGUCGAGCUGCUGCGGACGGCCAAGGCCCCCGAAAACGCGGGCGUGCCCAUCCUGGUGUUCGCCAACAAGCAGGACCUGCCGGGCGCGCGCGACCCCAACGAGGUGGAAAAGCUGCUCGGGCUGAUGGAGUCGCCGGUGCAGGGCUCCUCGGGGGCCGCCACGACCCACCCCUUCUACCACGUGCAGCCCGCGUGCGCCAUCACCGGCGACGGACUGCACGAAGGAAUGGAGCAGCUCUACGAGAUGGUGCUCAAGAAGCGCAAACUGUCCAAGCAGAGCAAGAAGAACAAGGCCAAGCAGUGACCCUUUCGUUUAUUCAUGUGAUACAAAGUUGACGCAGCUGAAAAGCAGUUUGUGGACGGGCCUUUUUGGAAACAAAACAUUUUGGUUUUUCGUAAUUAAUCCUCUUUAUUUGAAAGAAGUGACAAAAAUUCGUUUCGAGUCCUGCAAAAUUUUAUAGGGACCAGAAAUAAUCGAAAUCAUUUACUAAUUUUAAAUUAUUUAAAGAGAAAAAAGUGUGAUUUGGUUAGAUUUGUUUUAUUAAAAGCUGCCAGCAGCUGAUGAAAAGUUUAAUUUUGUUAACUAAUAGUCGAAAUCUUGCCUGACUGAAAGCGCCUUUUAGAAUUUCAAUAUUGAAACGGAUUCUAAUUUUUGGAAUUGAUUUAAAUCCAUGCUCUAUAAAUUUUGAGGUUUUAAAAAUUGAAUUCUUUAGUAAACUGACUUCAAAAGAUAAUAGAUCUGUCACUUUUUUGAAAAUAUGUAGUACUGAGAUGUGCCCAUUGUGAGGCAGCAAAAAUUGUUUCUGGAUAUUUUUACCAUAAUAGUUGGGCGGCUUAAAUGGAAAUGCGUAUAUAAUUAUUUCCAAGCGAUUCACCUCCGCGUUUAUUCAAGGCCUAAGAGCUUAAUGUUUUCUGCAAACAAUGAAGAAUCGAUAAGUAUAUGAUUCAGUUGUUGUCUCUGUUGGGGUGCAUAAUACACGAAUGUGCUCCGCAUUUGCAGGCGAGUGCGCCGUGAAACGAAAAAAAACUCGAGGGUGCAGACCGAAGAUUAGCCGUUUAGCAAUUGUUAGGCAAAGUGGAAUUUCGCAAAAGCGAGCCAGUCCCGUAAUACACGCGUUUAGCAGCAUUUCCAUUCCCACUGUAGCCGAGCAUAAAUAUAAUAGAUCUGCUGUUCAAACCAUGAAACAAUAGAUGUGCGAAUCUCUCAUCCUCUUGCGACGUAUAGCAUUACAUAUACAUUAUAAAACUCCAAUAUGUAAAAGCACAAAAACUCUCUCAUACUGUCAAAUCUUUUCAUAUACGUUUGUCAGCUUUUGUCGGCCUCUAGUUUGCAACUCAUUCAAACCCACCUAGUUAUUUUGUUGAUUUUUAUUUGCCACACACGCUUAACUUAUUUAUGUAUAUUAUUGAUAUAUGAAUGACAUUGUGUACAUUUUGCAUAUUUGUAUCAAUGUAUAUUACUUUGCCCUGUAUUGUUGUACGGAAAUAAUAAAACCAUUCUUUUGUAUGUUUAAAAAUAUAGAAUGAA